AUGUCGAGCGCGCCACCUGCAACGACAGCCGGACCAAGAACUCCUCGAGCUUCACCGUCGCCGAGAUCUUCGCCCAGACCUGGACCGAGUACAGCAUCGUCUUCCCCUUCGGCACCGUUUCCUGCAGUUCAAAAAACCCGUAAAUCACCGUCGCCAUUCCCACAGUUGGGAGGGAAAUCGCCGGCCGAAGUGGAUCUCGGCGAAUUGCUGCACUCCAUUCAAGGAGGAGUGCGCUUACGAAAGACGGUCACCAUCGACAAAAGUGGUCUGAUAGUGGACGAGUCUCUGAAGCAGAAAAGCGUUCAGCUGGUCGAACCGGCACCGUCAACUGCAUUCAUCCCGCCCAAAAAGGAUCCUCCCAGAAGGGAUUUCCAACGUCCGGUAUCCCCUCGAAAUGCUUCCUAUCUUCAGACGGAUGCAUCCGAUGAUGAAAGGUUCUUGACCCCUACUGGCCGAGGCUCCGAAUACGGUACACCUGAGCCUGAUUCUCCUCGUUUUUCACGAAAAUCGCCUGCCAAGGAAGAAAAGAAGCCAGAUGUCGCGUUUAGUGAGAAAAGUCUGAAAGUCACCAAGGAGGAGUUGGAACAGGAAAUUCCGACAGGAACAGCGGCUGCUCGAAUCGCAAAAUUCAUGCAAAGCACCGGCGGCAGUGAUGCGACGAACGGCGGCACAGUGCCACGAAACUUCCGUCCGUCUCCCGUGCGAUUCCCCAUCACCAAAGAG